AGGAAAGAAAAAACCUAAAUCUUUUUUUGUCCUCCCGGCUCCGCUUCCUUCUGCUCCUUGAAGCGUCUCCUUCUCCGUCUCGGCAGUUCAGUGUCGCCGCCGCCUCCUCCGGUUCAGUAGUGCUGCCGUCUUUCUUUCGCUCGUGCCACCGCAGCCUUCCUCCAGCGGGUUUGUACAGAUUUUCUACUCUGUUGCUACUGUCUGGUUUUGAUUGGUUCUGGUGUUGAGAAUCAUGGAUAUUAAGCUUUUGUCAUUUCCGGCUGAUAGCCCUCCACUCUCCGUCAUUGUGGCUGCCAAGUUUUCUGGUAUCACUUUUCCUGCAGAUUCUUCUCUUGCUUCUGGCUCCGCUCCCACAUUUCUCUUCACGAACGGGUUGAAGUUGCAUGGAACGUCUGUGCUUCUACGUUAUAUUGGUCGAGUCACCAACAUUCCUAAUUUCUAUGGAGAGAAUGCAUAUGAGUCCAGUCAGAUUGAUGAAUGGCUAGAGUAUGCUCCUAUCCUUUCGACUGGUUCUGCAUUUGAGAAUGCAUGCAGUUAUGUUGAUAAGUACUUGGAAAGACGCACAUUUCUCGUUAGCCAUUCUUUGUCACUUGCAGAUGUAGCUAUAUGGUCUGGUUUAGCAGGAACUGGGCCACGGUGGGAAAGCUUGAGAAAGUCAAAGAAGUACCUGAAUCUUCAACGAUGGUUUAACUCACUCUUAGUAGAAUAUAGUGAUGGCUUGGACGAUGUCUUAACUACAUAUGUUGGCAAAAGAGGCGGAAAAUCUUCAGGAGCUAAAUUGAAGGAUCAACAGGGUCUCACUCAAAAGCCAAAUAGUGUCAAUCAGGACACAUCUGAUAAGGGGAAAUCGGGAAGCAAAUCUACAUUUGAAGUUGAUCUUCCAAAUGCAGAGAUUGGGAAAGUGCGGUUGCGUUUUGCACCUGAGCCUAGUGGGUAUCUUCACAUUGGGCACUCAAAAGCAGCAUUGUUAAAUCAGUAUUUUGCCCAGCGGUACAAUGGUGAAGUAAUUAUCAGGUUUGAUGAUACAAAUCCUGCUAAAGAAAGCAAUGAGUUUGUUGAAAAUCUUUUAAAAGACAUUGAGACAUUGGGUAUAAAGUAUGAAACUGUCACAUAUACUUCAGAUUACUUCCCUCAAUUAAUGGAAAUGGCUGAAAACUUAAUUCGUCAGGGUAAAGCAUAUAUUGAUGAUACUCCACGUGAGCAGAUGCAGAAAGAACGAAUGGAAGGAAUUGAAUCAAAAAAUAGAAGUAAUAGCCCUGAAGAGAAUCUGAGAUUAUGGAAGGAGAUGAUAUUAGGAACUGAGAAGGGUUUACUUUGCUGUCUUCGUGGAAAACUUGAUAUGCAGGACCCUAAUAAAUCUCUCCGAGACCCAGUGUAUUACCGUUGUAAUCCAAUUCCUCACCAUCGGAUUGGUUCCAAGUAUAAGAUAUACCCAACGUAUGAUUUUGCUUGUCCGUUUGUUGAUUCUAUUGAAGGAAUUACACAUGCUCUUCGGUCUAGCGAAUACCAUGACCGCAAUGCACAGUACUACCGAAUCCAGGAAGAUAUGGGUCUAAGAAAGGUUCAUAUAUAUGAAUUUAGCCGGUUGAAUAUGGUGUAUACACUUCUCAGCAAGCGUAAGCUUUUGUGGUUUGUUCAAAAUGGGAAGGUUGAUGGGUGGGACGAUCCUCGUUUUCCAACUGUUCAGGGGAUUGUUCGAAGAGGUUUAAAAGUUGAAGCUUUGAUCCAAUUUAUCCUUGAACAGGGGGCAUCAAAAAACCUCAACCUUAUGGAAUGGGAUAAACUAUGGACCAUUAAUAAAAAGAUUAUUGAUCCUGUGUGUCCCAGGCAUACUGCUGUUAUAGAAGAACGACGUGUGUUAUUUACCCUUGAUAAUGGUCCAGAGAAACCAUUUGUCCGGGUUAUACCAAAGCAUAAAAAAUAUGAAGGUGCUGGUGAGAAAUCUUCAACUUUCACAAAGAGGAUAUGGAUCGACCAAGUGGAUGCACAAUGUAUCAAGGUGGAUGAAGAAAUCACCUUAAUGGACUGGGGUAAUGCAAUACUGAAAGGCAUCGAGAAGGACGGAGAUGGAUUUGUCACACGGUUGUCAGGAAUAUUGCAUCUCGAAGGCUCUGUGAAGACCACAAAGUUGAAGGCCACUUGGCUGCCUGAUAUAAACGAACUAGUCACCCUCUCACUUAUGGAGUAUGAUUAUUUAAUCACAAAAAAGAAGCUCGAAGAAGGAGAGGAUUUUCUUGAUGUAUUAAAUCCAUGCACAAAAAAGGAGACCAUUGCUGUUGGGGAUUCAAACAUGCGAAAUAUAAAGCGUGGAGACAUAUUGCAGUUGGAGAGGAAGGGGUAUUUCAGAUGCGAUGUUCCAUAUGUCAGGCCAUCGAAACCGAUAGUCCUACUCGCAAUCCCAGAUGGCAGGCAACAAUCAUGUUCGAAGUAAAAAAUCUCUCUAGCAAUUGAACGGGGUUUAUUGUGGAGUUUGCCCGGUCUAAAAUUAAUCGAGGAUGUACUUUUAUCGAAGUUUUUGCCAUUACUUUCUUUUUUUCUUCUAAAAGAUGUGUACCUAUACCCUUGGGAUAUCAUAUAAUUUAAAUAUUCUCUACGUUCUGGCAUAUCUUAGAUGGUCAUAGUUCCUUUGGGCAAAUCAUGUACAAACUAUUGGCCUUGGGCAAUUUCAAAAUGCCUUGCAACGGGUUCUUUGUUUCUCGAGAGAAUGUGUGCUUAGUUAGCUUAGGUGUUUGGGGCUUGGAGUAGAAUGGAAUACAUAUCAAACAAAUAAGUGUUGUUUUUAAGAUUAGUACAAUGAUGAAUAUGGAAGAAACAUGCAUGUGAUGUUCGA